GCCUUGACGGGCAUUCAUGCUAUUUUGCUUGCACCAUAUCCCACAUCGUAUUAUCCGUCUAUCGGUUUUUUCACACUCUCCAAUUUCACUUCGAAUCAUGGCCCGCUCCGUCUCCUUCCUGUCGCCUUCGAUGCCAUCGAACCCGAUCCACAUGCCGGAAAAGAUGGAAGUAAAACUUACGGAGGUAGAAGAUCAGCUUUGUACGCUGCUUGACGAUUGUAGGAAUCAUCUCGCUGAGACGCAAGGGAAGAAUACAACUUGUCGUGUUGCGGGAGGUUGGGUGCGAGACAAGCUCUUAGGGUCGCAAAGCCAUGAUAUGGACAUCGCACUGAGCGAUAUGAUGGGCUACGACUUCGCCGUAGAAUUCGCCGAAUAUGCAGAGAAAGUGAAGGACAUACCCGUCAAAUCGAUAGCGAAAGUGAAGGGAAACCCUGGCCAGUCAAAACAUCUGGAGACGGCGAAGACCGUGUUUAUGGGGAUUGAGCUGGACUUCGUGAACCUGCGGGACGAAGAGUAUGCAGACGAGAGCCGAAUCCCAACUAAAGUCACAUUUGGCACCCCACUGCAAGAUGCUCUACGAAGGGAUAUCACGAUCAACACUCUAUUCUAUAACGUACAUACACGGUCCGUCGAAGAUCAUUGUGGCAAGGGUCUUGACGACAUGAGGAACGGAAUCAUAAGAACACCUCUUGAGCCGAGGCAGACUUUCUUGGACGAUCCACUGCGUGUGAUCCGCUGUGUGCGGUUUGCGAGUAGGUUUGGGUUCACGAUGGUCUCCGAGCUCGAAGAGUCUGCUCGAGACAUUGAAAUUCAAACUGCGAUCACCCAAAAAAUCACCCGAGAAAGGGUAGGAGAUGAGAUUGACAAAAUGAUGUCCGGUAUGCCUGUCGAACUAUUUCAGCGUCCCACAACUCAUGGAUCUCCAUACCUAGGUCGCGAUCCGCUUCGGUCUAUCCAGCUCAUCCAUUCGCUUUCUCUCUUCCCGACAAUAUUCUACAUUCCACCACCCAUCUCUUCGACGCUCUCCUCCCAACCAACAUCCUCUUCACAUUCGGUCGCUUCUGCCACAAUCCUACACGCCCUUCUGAACCCUUCAACUUCCCCGUUUCCAUACCCUCCACUCCACGAUCUCCUCACAUCUCACACCGCCAGCUCUCCCUCCACCAUCGCUCGUCUAUACCUCUCCUGCGCACUCACACCAUACCACGGGAUAACAUAUACCGGGAAGAAGAAUAAAAUAGGCCCUGCAGUAGAAGCUGCUAUCAGGGAAGGGUUGAAGAUUGGGACAAAAAACCAUUAUUUGGACGGGAUCCCGUCUUUAUUCGCAGCCGCUGAUCUGUUAAGGAGUCCAACAUUGGAUGACGAACGCUGGACAUCACCGAGCGAGCGGGUAGCAAUCGGGUUGCUUUUGCGAAACAUCUCUAUCCACAAUCCUCUCAUUGAUGCCCACUGGACAGUCUCGCUUCUGUUCUCGCUGGUGCAAGAGCUUGUCCCCCUGUACAAUUCCGCAGAAGAUAGCUUCGAUGUCGAUGCAGCAGCUUCCAUCAUCGAAACAUACAACGUCUUUGUCACCCGCAUCACGGAACUUGGACUCGAUAAAGCCGUAGAUUCAAAACCCAUCCUCGAUGGCCAUUCGGUCUGUGCAAUCGUCGGCGCCAAUAAACCAGGAAUUUGGACUGGAUGCGUGCUCUCGGAAGUCGUGAAAUGGCAACUCGAUCAUCCAGAAGGAACGAAGGAAGUAUGUGCUGAAUGGUUGAAGGAGGAGUUCAAGGCAGGGAGGAUCGUGGUUGCAGAUACGAAGGCAGGUGCCCGGGGAAAGAAGCGGUGAUACUUACUCAUUGCGAGGAGUGUCGUUUCGUGGUGGGCGUUGCGAGCUGUUAUAAAUAGUGCACGAAAAUAUGUUGUAAACACGUAUAAUUCCCAGAU